AGAUCAUUCAUUCGAAGGUCAAAGAUCUUCGACGCGCGAUAAUAGUGGGUUCGACAGUCUUCGGAUCUUCGAUCGAGCAAUCCCGUUAUUCCCGAUCACCGACCGUGGCGCGUAUUAUAAAAGCUAUGUACGUCCUUCUCUCAAAGACAGUUUUCUUGAAGAUGAACAACAACGAACUGCUACGAAUAAAGCGCGCAAAAUGGAUGACGUUGAUGAUGAUGGCAAUCAUCGUCUUCGUCGCCGAUGCGUCUAUUCUCAGACGUCAAACAAGACGAGUCCUGGGUCGUGAUAUCAGUGAAGGCAAGAAGCAGCCAAAGGAUCUUGUCGGGGAACGAAUCACUUACGAAGGGGAUCAAGUAUGGAGGAUCCAUAAGGAUAACAGUUCCGUAGAGGAAUUGGUGCAACGUUACGAUGAAUAUGGUUCAUAUUCUAUAUGGUCUAACAACGUGUCGAUAGCUGAUAUUUUUUUGGAAAGUAAUAUGGUAGAGAACAUAGAAUCUUUAUUUCGAAGUUAUGGUGUGAAAUAUGAAAUUUUGAUCGAUGAUGUAGAACAAGCGAUUAAGGAGGAGAAUCCUCCUCUUUCGCCGGAAGCGCAAGAGGAACUCGAAGGACGUAAAGCUCGUUACUAUUGGUGGCAGGGAGUCAGAAGUAAAUAUCCACGUCCUCGUCCUCUUCGUUAUCCCGUAGCUAGUGUUUACGGUGGAGGUGAUCCUUGGCAUUUUAGGGGUCAUCGAAUGGAAUGGACCACGUAUCAUCGAUUGGCUGACAUCAAUGGUUAUUUGGAUUAUCUUGCGGAAACUUAUCCUGAUUUUUGCUCGGUUCAGACCAUUGGUAAUUCCAUCGAAGGUCGCCCUCUUAAGGUUCUAAGAAUCAGCAAUGGUAAGUCAAAUGCGCCCGCGAUUUGGAUUGAUGGAGGCAUUCACGCCCGCGAAUGGAUAUCGCCGGCAUCUGUGACGUAUAUCAUCGAUUAUUUGGUGGAAAACAGUGAAAAUCUGGAAAUUGAUUAUUAUAUCAUGCCAGUAAUUAAUCCCGACGGAUAUGAAUAUACCUUCACUGUCGAUCGUUUAUGGAGGAAGAACAGAAGGAAAAGUGGUUACGCCGGUUGUUCAGGUGUUGAUUUAAAUCGAAACUUCGGCUAUCGUUGGGGUGGCAAAGGAGCAAGCAAAGAUAUUUGUCGCGAUACGUAUUCAGGCGCUAAACCGUUUUCCGAGCCAGAAACCGAUGCCAUUCGAAACUUCUUCGAGAUCAGCUCAGCAAAUUUCAAGGCAUAUCUGUCGUUUCAUUCUUACGGACAAUAUAUACUUUAUCCAUGGGGCUAUGACAAACGUCUGCCACCGGAUUAUGUCGAUCUUGACAAUGUCGGUCGCCAAGCAGCGACGGCCAUGAAAAAAGCAGGGGGUGCUGCCAGUGUGUAUACUGUCGGUAAUAGUGCAACAACAUUGUAUCCAGCUUCUGGUGGAUCUGAUGAUUGGGCGAAGGCUCUGCUUAAGCUCAAAUACACGUAUACAAUCGAAUUGAGAGAUACUGGAAGAUUCGGUUUUAUUUUACCUGCCCGUUAUAUUAUCCCUACGGCAAAAGAAGCGCUUGCCGCGGUGGAAGUAGUUACGGAGGCUUGCAAAACGGCGUGAUUAUUAAUCGAACUAUUAAUUGUGGAUAUAAAAUUGAUUGGAAAAGUUUAAGUAAGUUCUUAUUAGCUGACAUGUUAUUGCAUUUUAUAAAGUAUUGCGAAAACUUGUAAAAAGAAAUAUUUUUUGUUCUUAAUAUCCGAAUUAUGUAAUAUAUUGUUACAUAAAUUUGCUGUUCUAUAAUAUUUUAUUGUACUUUGUAAUUAAAUAAAUUAAUUAAAUCAAUAAAUACUUAAAUACUUAAAUAAAUUAUUAAUUGCAAAAAUUUAAUUAACAGCUUCAUGGAAUAAGAAACAAGUUUAUUAAUUUUGUAUCUUUUUAUUGUAUUUUAUAUCAGUUAUAUAUUUAUAUACUAGAUAUAAAUUUCAACAUUUUGCUACAUAUUUUUUAUGUAGUAUAUAUUAGCGAAUGUCACUAAUGUUUAGCACUAACAAUUGUUAUUUAUUAAGUAAAAUAAGAACACCAAUAACAACACUUUUGUCCUUAAUAUUGUUUUAUUUAAUUAAGUUUCGAUUUAUAUUUAUACAUCACAAGUAAGUUUGGGAUAAAAACAGUAUUUGCAUUAUGUAAAGUUGUUUAUUAUAUAUUUAUAUAUUUAUAUAUUUGUUUUACAUAAAAAUAAACGAUAGUUGAU